AUGCACAACAGCACUGCUGGAACUCCACAUGUGACUGGAACAUGCAAUGAGACUUUGUCCACACCUCCACCGAGCUCCGCGUUUUCCCUAGGCACAUUGGUGCUGCUGGCUUUCCUCAUGGUGUUGCUAGCUCUGGUCACCAUCCUGGGCAACGUCUUGGUGAUCCUUGCUUUCAUCAUGGACAGGAACCUCAGGCAUCGGAGUAACUAUUACUUUCUCAAUCUUGCUAUUUCUGACUUUGCAGUGGGUGCCUUCUGUAUACCUUUGUACAUCCCUUAUGCCCUGACUGGGACGUGGCCCUUGGGAAGAGGCCUGUGCAAGCUCUGGCUGGUUGUGGAUUAUCUCCUGUGCACAGCUUCAGUGUUCAGCAUCGUCCUUAUCAGCUAUGACCGUUUCCUGUCAGUUACAAAAGCUGUAUCUUACAGAGCCCAGCAGGGAAUAACAUCCAGCCCUGUUGUCAGGAUGGUGGCCAUCUGGGUCUUUGCCUUCCUCCUCUACUGCCCAGCAAUCCUCCUGUGGGAGCACGUGGCUGGACACAGCGUGGUAGCCGUGGAUCAGUGCCACGCCGAGUUCUUCAGCAACUGGUACUUCCUCCUGUGCACAUCCACCCUGGAGUUCUUCGUGCCGCUGGUCUCGGUGACCUACUUCAACGUGCGCAUCUUCCACAGCAUCCAGAGGCGCCAGCGGCGCGGCAGCGCGCGGGACUGCGAGGCUGCAAGGGGCAGCAGCCUGUCCUGGAGAUGGUGCCUCCUGCCAAGGCCCGGAGGGUCUUCUCCUUCAUCGGAAGCAGAGGACAGUGUUUCAUCCUUAAUGAUGCCAGUGAGACCAGCAGUGACUCCUAGCUGUCCAUCUCCAACAAAUACCGGUCCCACAGCUCUCAAGAAGGACUUUUCUUUUUCUUUCCGUUCAAGGACCGGAUCAAAACUGCAGAGGGACAAGAAAAUAGCAAAGUCUCUUGCCAUAAUUGUGUGCGUGUUUGCCGUUUGCUGGGCCCCGUACACUUUGCUAAUGAUUAUUCGUGGGGCCUGCCAAGGAACCUGUGUUCAUAUCUCCCUGUAUGAAAUAACCUUUUGGCUUUUGUGGAUCAAUUCCUCUCUGAACCCAUUUCUCUACCCUCUCUGUCACAUUAAAUUUCGGAUGGCUUUCAUGAAAAUAUUAUGUCCCAAAAAGCUGGCAACACUGAGAUCACCUAGCACACCUUCUUUUUAG